AUGCCGUUCCAUCCCGUGACGGCCGCUUUGAUGUACCGGGGCAUUUAUACCAUCCCCAACAUUUUGGCCGCGAAUCCCGACCCGGUGGAUAUUCCCGAAGACGAAUUGGAAGAGAUCCGUGAGGCCUUCAAAGUCUUUGACCGAGAUGGCAACGGCUUCAUCUCCAAGCAAGAACUCGGCACUGCCAUGAGGUCUCUCGGCUACAUGCCCAAUGAAGUGGAGUUGGAAGUCAUCAUACAGAGGCUGGAUAUGGAUGGCGAUGGGCAAGUGGACUUUGAAGAGUUUGUGACGUUACUUGGACCCAAACUUUCCACAUCCGGCAUCCCCGAGAAAUUUCAUGGCGCUGAUUUCGACACUGUGUUCUGGAAGUGUGACAUGCAGAAGCUGACGGUGGACGAGCUGAAACGGCUGCUGUACGACACUUUCUGCGAGCACCUCUCCAUGAAGGACAUCGAAAACAUCAUCAUGACGGAGGAGGAAAGCCACAUGGGAAACGCGGAGGAGUGUCCAGUCGACGUGGAAACCUGCUCAAACCAACAGAUCAGGCAGACAUGCGUCCGGAAGAGCCUCAUCUGCGCCUUCGCCAUCGCGUUCAUCAUCAGCGUCAUGCUUAUCGCCGCCAACCAGGUUCUGAGAAGCGGGAUGAAGUAG